AUGGCUCCCGGAGCCAGAGACAACUCUGAUCCCGCCUCUUAUAUCCACACGGUAAUUAAAUAUCCCAUCUGCGGGCGUAGUUCAUGGGUCAUGGCGCAAGUGCAGCACCUGAUAGAGAGGUGCAUGACGUUCGGGAUGAGCAUGGAGGAGUACAUGGAGGCGCUGGCGAAGCGCGCCGACGUCCAGCCCGUGGUCACCUCCACAGUGUGGAAGGAGCUGGAGAAUACCAUGGUGUCCGUGGUAUUCUUGAUCUCAUGCCAAUAA